GAUAUAAGGACAUUUUCAAGUGUUUUGAAACUGUUACUCAUCUUAUGAAGCAUCAAUAACUGGUGUAUAACUGGUUAACGAAUGCUUAAUAGCAACACAUAGUUGUCAUAAUGAAUUUUUGAAAGAUUUGAAAUAAAUAAUUAUUUAUUUAUUUGUGUUUACAAAUGGAACAUUUUUAACCUACCUGUCAAUGAUUUGUACAGUUAUGAAAUGCUUUAUUAUAAGAUUAGUUCAUGUAUGUAAUAAUAUACCAUUACAUAUAAUACAACUCAUUCAUUCAUGUCGUUUAUAAAUCAGCUAUAAUUGUUGAUAAAUGCACUAAUAAACACUUAACGUUACAAAACCCAAUUUGCCUGCCCUCAAAGAAAAUAUUAUACACCACAUGGAUGGUAAGUAUACAUGCAUAUCUGCAUGACAGUCCCUGACAUAAGAAGAGAAAAGUUUGUGGUUUCAGUGUGAGCCUGUGACUUCACGUUGAGCAGCGUGUGUGGCUCUCAGGAGCAGAGAGGCUCUGCAGGAAGCUCUCAGUAAUGACUGUGUGAGCAUUGAGACAGGAGCAGGGCGCUGAGCUGCCUGCAACACCUCCUAUCUCCUCACUCUUCAAACUUCAACCAGGCUCAAUAGACUUUUUUUUAUUAUUAUGCUUGUGGAAAACAUAUUGGAGUUUCAUUUGAUGGCUUUGUAAUAGCAGAAAUUGGAUUUCGUGGAGAAGAAAGGGCAGUUUGACUGGAAUAUAUGUGGAUGAAAUGAAGUUUUUGGAGGAUUUAUGCUCGCUGGACUUUCGGUGCCAGGGCCCUGCAGUUUAUUGCAAUGAUAUUUCAGUGAUUUCUCUUGCAUGCCUGGUGUAAUUUUCAGAAAAGCGCACAGAGCUACAGCCUCCCCCUGCUAUGGAAAACCUCACCAUGGAUAACAUCACUGUGGAGAAUGGCACGUCGGUGCAGGACAAUCAGACCCUGGGUCUUUGGACUGACUAUACAGUUGAAUAUAAAGUGGUCAGCGUGUUUUUGGUGUCCCUCAUAUGCGGAGUGGGGAUCGUGGGGAACGUGAUGGUCAUACUAGUGGUCCUGACCACCAAACACAUGCGGACCCCCACUAACUGUUACUUGGUGAGUCUGGCCGUGGCUGACCUGAUGGUCCUGACGGCCGCCGGGCUGCCCAACAUCACCGACGCCCUGUGCGGAGAAUGGGUGUUCGGGUUCGCGGGCUGUUUGGGGAUCACCUAUUUCCAGUACCUGGGAAUAAACGCGUCCUCCUGCUCCAUCACCGCCUUCACCGUGGAGCGCUACAUCGCCAUCUGCCACCCAAUAAAAGCGCAAUUCCUGUGCACUUUAUCCAGGGCAAAGAAAAUCAUCAUGCUGGUCUGGGCGCUCACCUCCGUCUACUGCGUCAUGUGGCUCUUUCUGUCAGACACCACCAAGUUGGUUUAUGACAACGUGGUGCUGCUCAGCUGCGGCUACAAAGUGUCCAGGAGUUACUACCUGCCCAUUUACUUCACAGAUUUCGCCGUGUUUUACGUGCUGCCUCUCAUGCUGGCCACAGUUAUGUACGGACUGAUCGCCCGGAUACUUUUCCUGAACCCGCUGCCUUCAGAUCCCAAAGACAGCACCAAGAAGUGGAAGAAGGAGACGAGUCAGGGAGGGAGGAUGAUCAGCACCAACUCUUCCAGCAGCACAACGGCGGCCUCCCGCAGACAGGUGACAAAGAUGCUGGCUGUGGUGGUGAUCCUCUUCGCCUUACUUUGGAUGCCCUACCGGACCUUAGUGGUGGUCAACUCCUUCCUGGACAAGGCCUACCUGGAUACCUGGUUCCUGCUCUUCUGCCGUCUGUGCAUCUACCUAAACAGUGCCAUCAACCCGGUCAUCUACAACGCCAUGUCCCAGAAGUUCCGCGCUGCUUUCAAGAAGUUGUGUCACUGCGGUCCUCAGCGUAUGGAGAAACCAGCUUCUUACAGUGUGGCUCUAACCUACAGCGUCAUCAAGGAGACUUCCAAUGGGGAAAGUCCAGACCACUUCACUACAGAAAUGGACGAUGAGUUAAACACGCCAACGGAUCAGUACUUACCCACAAGCAUCCUGCCAAGUGCCAAGAAGAUGCCGUUCGAAGAGCCUUCUUUGUCUGGGAGUGAUGUCAAAGCCUGACUAAAAUCUAACUUUCCACCUAAACAGGAUUCUGAUAGCUGCAGUAUGGAUUCAGUCGGCCAUGGGACAUUUUAGAGAGGUUUUAAUUAAAAGUACUCAUUUUAGACAUUUAGAAUUUUAUUUCUCCAAAGUGUUUUCUCUUGGAAGAGUUUCUCUUAUUUCACAAGACGAUUUGACAAACGCCAAACAGGAUUCUGCGAGAUGAGCUUACAUAGGCCUUUUAGCAUUUUGUACAAAAUAAGUGAAGGGAGUGUUGAAUCUUGCAAAAUAUAGUUUACUGUUACAUAAAUACAGCAGUGAUUAUUCCAUCCUGCAGAGAAAAUCUCUGCUCCAAUUUGUCUAAGAAACAGGAAACAUUAAUUCAGGAUGUGAUAUAAUGCAGAGAUACCUUUGUAUAAACUUUGACUUAAACAAUUACAGGAAAAGGAGUAUGAGAGCAGUUAAUGUCAUCAAGUUUAUCCUAUAGUUAAAGGAUUGGUUUGGUUGAAGCAAACUGCUGCCAUCCACAUCCUCCUCCCUCUCCACUCCAAACAGAACCAGACAAUGUUAAACUUACAAUAUUUCAUAUUGGAUAUCAUAGGCCUGAGUAAUAUGUCAAAACAUUUAUUUUUUCAUAUUAUUUUAUCGAUAUUCAUCUAGAUAUAAAAUGAAGUUCCUAUUUCUGUUGAGCUAAAGAUUCCCUGGUCAAAUGCACAGCAUCAAAAGUGAGAGUUAAUUGUGUAAACUGCAGACAUAUCUUUUGAAAUUAAUAAAUUAUACAAAAAUAAACUAAAAACCUUCGGUGUGUAAUGUUAAAGUGUGAAAAUGUUUACUACAGCUGUGGAGCCUAUAUCUUAUUACUGGUAAAAGUGCUUGCACUCUGCAUCUAGUAUCAGAUGGUAAUGAUUUAGGUUUAACUUACUGUAGUUCCUGGUAUUUCCCGUCUUUAAUGAAACUUAGUUUUUGGCUUCGUUAACAAUAUACAUCGCAUACAGUAUCUUUUUCAUGCUUACAGCCUAGCCCCGUUUGAGACUGUCUUGUCAACUCUAUGGCCAAAUAGGGCUUUAAGUAGCCAAAGUAACGCCACACCACAGACAUUGCCUUCAUCCCAUACACUGUGUUAGUAAAAACGGACAUUGUCUCCUUAACUUCACCCAUAGGUUUCUGAAGAACUGUUGUGAAGCUCAGUGUAAAGUCCUGACACUGCUGGCUCCUGGCUAAUCCAAAAAUGGGCAAAGACAUGGAGAAUGGGUGGAGCCGAGGUGAGCUGAAUGAAGCCUGGUGGCUGAACACAGCCACCUGUGAUGGCACCCACCUGUCAGUCAUGCCCUUAAUUAUGCCUAACUUGAAGCCUUGAUAGAAUUUAAAUUAGUUAUAGAAAAAUUCCCCCCCAAUACAGUUGUUAUUAACAGAGAAUUUAGCUGUAGAAACCGAAACCGUUUUUUGUACCAGGCUGUUAACGUGUAUUUCUGCUCUAAAGUUGGGCAUUUUAAAAUUGGGGCCUUAUGGAGAUUGAUUCACUUCUGUAGCCUGCCUCAAGUGCCCUGUUUGAGGAACUGCAGUUUUUGUUACUUCCGUGUUGGCUUCAUCUGCCAGCCUCUGAGGUUGCCUCUUGGUUUAUCCACAGCAUCCUAACAUUUAAGGUUGCAUUAACUGUUUCCAAAAGACAAAAGCCAAAUAAACCAGUGUUUUUUUCAUUACUGAGUUGCGUAAAGGACUACAAUUUGAAAUUCAGUGCUUACAGUUACUAACCUCAGUAACACUUAGAUAUAGCUUUGUUUCUGUGUUGACAUUGCGUUAUUAGUACAUUGUCAAGCAAUCAAAUUUAUUUAUGGUGGAUCACAGUUUCUGAAUUUCUUAUCAAGGAAAUUUCUCGUCCAGCUCCAGCUUCCACAGGAUACUAUCUCAGUGGUGCUCACGCUUUAUUUGUAGUAAAGGUCUUCCCCAUGAGAAACCAUGUAAUUCAAAUGAAUCCAAAUGCACAACACUGUGACAUUUUAAUCUCACUACAGAGAAAGCACAGAUAUGGAAUUACAUGACCUUUUGAAAAGCUCAAAGUAAAGAAAAGGACAAACAUUACAGACACUUAAACCUGCUGUGUCAAUUUAAAAAUAAUGAUUUCUACAGGGAAUUUCAUUUUAACAGUGGCAGACACACCAGAGCCUUAUAUCGCUUUGGUCACUGUGCAGACAACCACUGUGGACUCUAAGGAGCCUGUGAAGGUCAGUGACCAGUGUAUAGUAAUGAGGGAGAAAUGUGUAACCCUGAUGUGCAGACAGAGAGGCUGUUUGUCAAAGGGUCAGAUAACUGUCGCUGCAGUAAUUCACUGAUAUUGGCUGAGACUGCAGAGUGCAGCGCUUUUCUGUGAUUUAUCUGCUCAGCAAAACUCACAGGGCAACCAUGGAAUGUGUAAAUAGAUCGUGACAAAGUGCCAUACUUCAAUCCACAAUCCACAGUAUGUAUAUAGCUCACCCUGCUAUUAAAAGAAGAAUUUAACGCUGUCUUUUUGAGCUACGUAUAUGUAUAAAUUGAAGAGCACUCAGAAGGAAUGAAGACUGAGGGAACUAAAUGAAAAGGACUUGCUUCAUACUGAGCAGCAGGCUUUUUUGUCUACAUUGUAAAGUUGCUUGAAAUUGAUUGUGCAGUGCUAUGUGAAAUUAUUUCAGUAUUGUGUUUUCAAAUGUGUGCCAUCGAGUGCAUACUUAAAAGAAUAGCUUGUUUCGAUCCAUUGUUCAAUCAGUGUGUUUUCUAUCAUUUCAAACCAGUCAGUGGAAGCUUAUGAGCUCCAAAGUGGAAUAGAUGAGAAAAUAUAAAAAAUAAAAUACGUUGCAAGACUGUAGUUUGUAGCGUAAAGUAUCUCUCAUUUGUGCACUUUUAUUAAUUUCUCCCUUUGUUCUCAGUUGAAACUCAUUUCAUUUUUGGAGUUGUAAUGGAUAUGUUUUCUGUUCUGCACAGUGCACAGUUUACAGCAUGAACGCAAGCUUUUGUGAUGUGAGCACAAAGAUGACAAAAUGUGAUCCCAUCAGAGGCGACGCUUUGUGCACAAUUCUGUCUCACAGUAGCUUUUUUCUGCUCUUGCUGUUUGAUGGAUUGUUUUGUAUUUUGUAUUGUUCUUUGUCUAUAAUAAACACAGACAAUAAUUGCA